UUUAUAUCUAUCGGUUAAUGGUGCUACUGCUGGUCUUACACUGAGAGGUGGCCGGAGAUAUUUGCAUCUCCAUCUUUCAUAAUAGUCAGGGUAAACAAAAAGGGAAGCAAAAGGGGCAAGAGAAGAAAAUAAAGAAGAUUUAAAAAUGGCUCUGUCAAAGAGGCUGAACGCUCCUUAAUAGAUUGAUUCUUUUCAUCGGAGCAAGAAAUUGUCUGCACUUCAUCUUCUCCUUGCUUCUCUUCUUCUUCGAGUUAACGAAGCAAGACCUCUAGUUCUUGUCGGAGAAACAUUAAAAAUUGGAUGAGGAGAAGCGGUUCUGCUUCUUCCAGAAGCCAAGAAGAAACAAGGUUUAAGGAGGAGGAGGAGGAGGAGGUGGGUUCCCCCAUGAGAAAUCGCCAAGACGCUUCUUCUAAAAACACCAAGCCGAUUCAAUACACAGAUCAACAACAGGCAGAGCUUUUUAGAAAACUUGAUUCGUUAAAAGGCCACGUUCUCCGUGGUCAAGAUUCACCAAGAGCCUCACAUCAUCAUCAGCCACCUUAUUACAAUCCAACAUAUCCUCCUCCUUAUGGAAUGUCAAUGUAUCCUUCCCCGGGGCCUCGUGGUUUCCCAAUGCAUCAAAGCUUGUUGUAUCCAGGUCAUUACCCAAACCAAAUGCUGCUGCCUCAAGGACAUUAUGUAGAUAUUGGUCCUGACAUACUUGACCCCCAGCAGUUCCACGACGACCCUAGAUUCUUUCCGAGUAGGUACCCUGUUUCCCACCAUCCCGAGAAGAUUAGAGCCUUUAGUCCACACGGUGGUGGUGGUCGUCACACGAGGCGACCCAGUGAAGUUAACUCUGAAACGGGUGGACGUGGGUAUGUUAAAAUGGCUGCUGGUUCCCGUCGUUGCCAUCCUCUAGCAGGAGGUGCGCCCUUUGCAGCUUGUCACAAUUGCUUUGAGCUGCUCUACUUGCCUAGGAAGAAGCUUCAUCUUUCUCAGGAGGGAAAGAAACAAGAAAAGCUUCAAUGUGGUGCUUGCUCUGAGGUCUUCAGUUUCAGUAUUGACCAUAAUAAGCUUGUUGCUGUAGUGGUAAAUGAUAGGCCACUUAAGAAUGAGGAACCAAGAAUGCAACUGGAAACAAAAGCUGUAUCAUCGCCUAGUGAACAACACUCAGAAGGAGAAAGAUCAAGCGUUUCCCCCCAAAAAGAGGUCGUCGUCAAGUCUGUUCGCCGCAGAGUCAAAGACGCUAAAGUUCCUCCUCCUCCUCCUCCUCCUGAAAAUUCUAAUCUUCUUGAGCUCUUUGAGUAUUCUAAUGUAAACAGAGCUGCUGCGCUCACUUACGGAAUGUCACAGUUAGCUUCUGAAACUGAUAUUUCUUACAACGGGUACUAUAAUAACAACACUGAGGUGACGUCGUCUGAUGACAAUUCAAGGAUCUCAAACGCUAGUAAAGAUGAGACCAGACGUGGAACCCGAAAGCAGAGUAGUAGCGAUUACAAUUUAUCAGAGGAGGCCACUCAUAAUAAUAAUAAAACCAGAUCUAGUAGUGAUGACCAAUACGACAGGGACAGGGAGCUAGAGGUGUGGGUGAAUGGGCAUCUUAUACCGGAAGAUGAGGUUAUCAGCGCCGAGAAACAAGCUGGACCUGUUCAAGCUGGCAACUACUGGUAUGACUACCGUGCUGGAUUCUGGGGAGUGAUGGGACACCCCUGUCUCGGUAUCAUACCUCCAUUUAUCGAAGAGUUUAGCCGUCCAAUGCCGGAUAACUGCGGUGCAGGAAACACGGGAGUGUUUGUGAACGCAAGAGAGCUUCACGAGAGAGAUCUUGAGUUACUUUCUAGUAGAGGUCUUCCUCGAGGCAAUAACCGUUCUUACAUCGUUGAUAUAUCAGGAAGAGUUCUUGAUGGCGACUCUGGUGAGGAACUUAAGAGCCUCGGCAAAUUAGCUCCAACGAUUGACAAGGUUAAGCAUGGAUUUGGCAUGAGAGUUCCAAGAUACCUAGCUUCAUCAACUUGAUUCAGCCUCUUCUUCUGCCUUCAAUCUUUCGUUUUUUGAUUGAAAUGUAAAUUGUGCUUUAUGUGACACAUCAUUAUUGGUUGGUUGGUUGGUUGGUUGGUUGGUUGGUUGGUUAUGUUCUGAUUUUUGACCCCCCACCCACAGCUUGCCUCUCUUCUCUUUCUCUUUUUGGGGUUUUGUAUGUUAGUGUUUCAGUCUUCUUUUUUUCUUGUUUUGGAAGCAAACCAAACCGGUUUGUAUUUUCGGUCAAAGAUAACAAUCUGAUUUUCUUGUGAUCAUGUUUAAAAAUUGAUAUGUUUUGGAUUAUUUUUU